CCUACGCGGGAAUGGAGGCGGGCCGUAGAAUCUGGCCAGCAGCGGCUGCUGAUUCCGCUGAGUCGCACUAGUUUUUUCCAGAAGGAACCCGGGACUGGCUGGAUUCGUCUGCGGGGCCAUGCUUCUGCGGCAGCUGAGAAGCUGGGCCGCCCGAGCACUGCAAGGGGAGGGCCCCGGGAACCCCACCUGGGGCGGAGGGCUGCGAGGGAUGCAGCGCCGGGCCUGGCUUCAAGAUAAAGAUAAAGAAAAUGAGAAAGAAAAAAAGGCAGUGAUCUGUGUCGAGGGCAAUAUUGCCAGCGGGAAGACGACAUGCCUGGAGUUCUUCUCCAACACGAGAGACAUCGAGGUGUGCCCGGAGCCCGUGUCCAAGUGGAGAGAUGUCCGUGGCCACAAUCCUCUGGGUCUGAUGUACCAAGAUGCCAGUCGAUGGGGCCUCACGCUGCAGACGUACGUUCAGCUGACCAUGCUGGAGCGGCACACCUGUCCUCAGACGUCAGCUGUGCGGUUGAUGGAGCGGUCGAUUCACAGCGCAAGAUACAUUUUUGUGGAAAACCUGUAUAGAAGUGGGAAGAUGCCCGAAGUGGAUUAUGUGGUUCUGUCAGAGUGGUUUGACUGGAUCAUGAGGAACAUCGACGUGUCCCUGGAUUUGAUAGUGUACCUCCGGACCAGUCCUGAGACCUGUCACCAGAGGCUGAAGAUGCGGUGCAGGGAAGAGGAGAAGGUCAUUCCGUUGGAAUACCUGGAUGCCAUUCACCACCUCUACGAGGAGUGGCUCAUCAAAGGGGGCCCUUUCCCUGUACCGGCCCCUGUUCUGGUGAUUGAGGCCGACCACGACUUGCAGAAAAUGUUAGAACUCUUUGAACAAAACCGCAACCGGAUAUUAACUCCAGGGAACUGGAAAUACGGUCCGUAGGAUGGGGAAGACCUCACCAGAAGGAACACCCACUGCUGCCGAGUUGGUGCCUAGGAGGGAUGUGCAGUCUCCUCUUGGGAGGGCUUUAUAUCCAGCCAGAGUGGUUUUCCUAACGGUCUUUUCUGCUUUGCCAGUGUUUGUGUCCUGGGUGUCUGGCCCUAGAGGGUAAAUGACGAGUGGGGACCACUGGUUUGCCAUGCCCUGUAAUGCUUGCAGCCUUGCACGCCACCCCUAGCACCUCUCAUGGUGAUUGCCCAUCACUGGGUCCCUCGAACUAUGCGCUUAGGCAGGGCCACUGACGUCAUGCUGGACUCUUGGCCUCUGACCCUUCAGACCACACAGGAGGGCGAAGUAGUGGUCCUACAUCCUAGGGUUUCGAGUUGAAGCUCAGAGAGGCUAAGGGACUCCCUAAGGUCACACAGCCAGGAAGUUGGCGUCAUCUAGACUUCGAGCAAUUCCAAACAUGUUCUCAUGCCCCCCUCCCUUCUGGAAGCCCUGUCUUCCCAGCUGGGGGCCCUCACAUCUGCGUGCAGAGACCCAGCAGUUCCUGGGGCCAAUGCCACCAUGUUCUCAGGAUUUUAGCACGGGCCACAGAGCAGUUGCUAACACUGCUGCGAGCCAGGGCAGGAGGAAAGCAGACCUCGGUCUUGGAGCAGAGGGAGGCAUUCCUGGGACUCAAGGGGAGGGCCACGAGGAGGACAGUGGGGGCCGGCGUCCCCGAGUCGCUGGCCGGGGCGAGCCAGGCCGGCAGCGCUCCGGAUCUGUUGGCGUUGCUGGACUCCGAGGCGGGGUUCUGUAAGCAUAAGGUCGGUGUACCCCAGCGCUGCCUCAGCUGCGCUCACCCUUGCCAGUCUAAAGGAUAUCUUGAAAAGCACAUUCAUUUUCUCUUCAUCAACAUCUUCAGUGAAAUAGUUUCAAUUUACAUUUACACUUUUUAAUUUUACGUGUAAAAUACCUGAUUAGAACCAUUUAGAAAUAUUUCAUGUACCAGGUGAUUAAAAAAAAUUAGAAGUGUA